AUGGCCGAAGCGAGCACUGAAGUGGAUAAUAUUAGUCCUGAUGAAACGCCAGAACCAUGCACCACAUUGUUGCAAGUAAGUAAUAUCUCAUGCUGCAAUAUCAGUAACAAUAAUCAUAACGAAAAUGUGCUCGGGCUAGCUAGGCGAGUCUUGUAACCAUGAAGCUACCAAGCAGGGUUUGUCGGAAGUAGAAAUUACAUCUUUUGUCCCCGAGGCUGUGGCUGCCAACCCUUGUGCCCGUUGUGACAAGCAUAGACGGGAUAUUGAUAAGCUAAAUACCGAAAUUGCUGAUCUAAAGAAGAAAGCUGUGAUUGCCAACCGUUGUUCUGCCUGUUGUGACACCCAUGGAUGGGAUAUCGAUAGGAGUACACCUUAA